GGAACAGUCGAGGAAAUCGCUAAGGAAAAAGCUAGGCGCGUAGCUAAGGUAUUCGAGGACAGGACCGCCGAAGCUAUAUACACGUUUGCGUUCUACCGGGGACCCGGGGCUAAGCCUAUCUUGUUUCAAGGAAGAACAAAGGGCGCUAUUGUACGGCCACGAGACCUAAUAAACUUCAGUAUAUCCAUAAUUAUCCUUUGCGACCCUAUCUUCGAGUAUAAUAGAAAAGCCACAUUUGCUAAGAUAAAGCAGGAGGAGAAGGAGGUAUAA